AUGGACGAUCGAGGCAAGUUCAUAUUCAUCUCCCCAGACGAGAUGAAGGCUGUAGCGAGUUACAUCCGGGCAUCGGGGCGGUGGCGCAUAUCAGGAGUGAUGGACGAUCGAGGCAAGUUCAUAUUCAUCUCCCCAGAAGAGAUGAAGGCUAUAGCGAGCUACAUCCGGGCAUCGGGGCGAGUGAGCAUCGCGGAUCUAGCAGCACGCUCCAACGAGCUCAUUGAUUUGGACGCUAAGGCUGAGGAGGAGAAUGGGGCUGUUGGGGAUGCGGGUGGUGGGGGAGGGGAAGGAGGGAUAUCGUGGGAGGAUAUUGCAGUGGAGGAGGCGAUAGGGGCGGAGGGAGGGGGUGGUGGCUUGGAGAUGGGGCGAGUGAGCAUUGCGGAUCUAGCAGCGCGCUCCAACGAGCUCAUAGACCUGGACGCUAAAGGGGAGGAGGAGAACACAGUUGGGGGGGAUGGUGGGGGAGAUGGGAAUGCAGGAGGUGGGAUUUCGUGGGAGGAUAUUGCAGUUGAGGAAUCAGUAGGGCUGGAGGGGGCGGGUAGUGGUGGGGUGGAGGUGGGUCAAGAGCAGAUGGCUGUGGGUGCUGCGUGA